AUGUCCUCGAGCAACAGCUGCACCUUGGCAGCCGCUCAGGCGGCGAACAUCGACCGGCUGCCCUUUCCCUCGCUGGACGUCGUCGCGUUGAACCAUUUCAAGCGGUGCAUCGACACGAAGGACGUGGCGACGAUUGAGGCGCUGCUGGAGGCGAAUCCGCGCUACCUGGUCAACUACAGCUCCGACGGGCCGACCAUCCUGCGCCAGGGCGCCCGCUACAAUGCCGUCAUCUGCGCUACCGUGGUCAACGCGCCGGCCGUUCUCGCCGCCCUCCUCAAGCGCAUCAACUCGCUGGACUUUAUGCGCCGGUGCUACCCCAACUUGGCCUCCACGGCCGCCGUCGACGGAGGCCGCCAUCACAGCGAGGAGGAGAGGGAGGCGGCGGAGCAGCUGCUGCUGGAGCGGCGGAACCGCUUCCUCGACGUCUUCCUCAACACCCCCGACAAGGUGCUCAACAACACGCCGCUUCACUUUGCCUGUCGCGUGCCGCACCUCGCCUGCAUCAAGGUGCUCCUCAACUACGUGCCCACCAUCGACAUCAACCUGCGCAACCGCAGCGGCAAGACGCCCCUCGAGGUGGUCGGCAACGCCGCCCUCCGGCCGGCCGUCGAGGAGCUCUUUGCGCGGACGAUGUUCGUGACGGUGCUGCGCAGCGAGACGGACCUCGGCGUGCGCGUCAACCCGCCCAUCUACGGGCGCAAGUCCAUCGAGUCGGUGGAGCUGGAGAACCGCCACCAGGCGAAGAUUUCCGCCAUCGCCGGGCCGAUGUCGCCGCAGGAGGCGGAGCGCGUCUACCAGACGCUGCGCAGUCCGAAGCACUGCACCAGGCGGCAGGUGGCGCUGCGCAUGGUGGACCCGGAGCGCGGCGUGGAGAAGGUCGCCCGCGACCUCUCCUUCACCCUGCACGUGCCCUGCAAGGAGUACUGGCCCUUUCUGGGCGAGUACCUCGACAUUACCUCGGCGAAGGGGCUCGACCGCCUGGAGCAGCACCUGAAGAUGCAGUCCUUUGCGCGGCUCUUUGAGAAGCUGUCACUGGAGAAGCUCAGUGGAGCCCAUCUAGAGAACAGCAGCAGACAACAGGCGGGGAACGCUGAAGAUACUGGUGGAGGAGAUGAUAAAGAUGUUGCAGAGAAGGACGCCUUUCACGACGCUGCCGAAGAGGCGGACAGCGAUGAUGACGUCUUCUACUCGGCGCCCUCUUCGCCCAUUCCUGAAGAAGAAGAAGAAGAAGAAGCUGCAGAAAACGAAAAGUCACCAUCAUCAUCGUCAACAGCAGCGGAGGUUUACAUGACCGGACCGGCGAAGGAUAAGGUCGACUCGGAGUUCCUCGACAAACACGGCCUGAAGGCGGCCAAGCCGACGGCCUUCAACGCCACCCAAAUUCGCCCAUCGACCAGUCCGUCACCCUCUCCGAUUCACCCCUCAACCAGUCCAUCUCCUUCUCCUUCCCCGGUCCAUGGCUCGACUUCUCCUUCGCAAUCUCCUUCUCCAAUUCACCCCUCGACCAGCCCGUCACCCUCUCCGUCCCCGGUUCAUGCUUUGAAAAAGCGGAACCAAAACGAGAGGGAAAAAGAACAAAGACAAAACACGACGCCUGUUGCCACUCAGCUCGUGGGCGGAUCGACCAAAUCAACACACUUUGCCUCGGGAAGUGUUCCCACAACUUUUACCAAACAAAAUUCUAGAGAUUGA